AUGAGGUCGCUGUUACUCUUAGGUGUUUUGUUUGCAGUUGUAACAAUUUUUUUCUUCCCUUUUGAGGCCCAUGCCAACAAAUUGGUUCCGAAAGAGGGAAGGAAAGAAAAGAUUGGCCAUCAUGUCCUAGUGAACGUCCAUUCUGGCAGAAAGCUAGAUGGUGAAAAUGAACAAACUGCGGAAAAUGGCGGCGGUGAUAGCGGAGACAACGAAGAUGGAGAUAGUGAGGACGGAGGCAAUGAAGAUGGAGCGAGUGAUGGUAGUGAGAACGGAGAUGGAGAGAGUGAUGGUAGUGAGAACGGAGGCAAUGAAGAUGGAGAGAGUGGUAGUGGUAAUGGAGGGAAUGAAGACGGAGAAAACGGUGGCAGCGGAGACAGUGCUGAGGGUGGUGAUAACGGAGGAGGUAAUGAGGAUGGGGAUAGUGCCGAGGGUGGUGAUAACGGAGGAGGGAAUGAAGAUGGGGCGAGUGGUGACAACGGGGAUAGUGCCGAGGGUGGUGAUGACGGAGGAGGGAAUGAGGAUGGGGAGAAUGGUGACAACGGGGAUAGUGCCGAGGGUGGUGAUAACGAAGGAAAUGAAGAUGAUGGUGGCGACGAGUGGUACUCUCGCAAAUUAAUACAAUCUUUUUGGCCUAUUUCAGAGGCUGUGAGAUUUGGGGUCUUUCGACUUCCUCUGGAGCAAAACAUAAUCAAAUGGACGAAUUUUGGAGUAAUUCCAGUUGGAGGACGUUCGUAUAUGCUGGGUCGUCGUUCGCAGAGUCACGAGCUUAUACCAUACGACCCUGAACUAGAGAACACACUUCGUUAUCUCCAUCGAGAUAAAAAUAAGCAAGAUACACUUCCAAUCAAGAUGGGAGACGAGUUGGAACUCAACAACCUCACCCGACCUUUGAAGGAUUUCACAGUUCCUAAAGCAUUGGACCAGCCGUCUUGUAUCGCAUAUCCAGCCACUACAACCACCUUUGAGAUCAAGAGUGGCACCAUUCACCUUUUGCCGCAGUUCUAUGGUAAGGCUGGGGAUGAUCCUCACAUACAUAUCAAGGAUUUCUUUGCCGUGUGCGCGACUAUGCACAAUGGAGGGAUUAGUGAUGAGGCAAUCAGAUUGCGUUUAUUUCCAUUCUCACUCAAGGAACGAGCCAAGGAGUGGCUCUAUUCUUUACCUAGUGCAUCUGUCACCACAUGGACAUCAUUGGCUUCCAAGUUCCUUGCAAAGUUCUUUCCAGCUCAAAAGACAAACCAUAUUAGGAAGGAGAUCAUGGGCGUGCAGCAACUAGAUGGAGAAUCAUUUCAUGAGUAUUGGGAUCGGUUUCAGAGACUCCUAGCUUCGUGCCCUCAUCACCAAAUUGAAGAUUGGCUACUUAUGCAAUACUUUUAUGAGGGAUUACUUGAUUCGGAGAGGAUGAUGGUUGAUGCUACUAGUGGAGGAGGUUUGAUGAACAAGAGUGCUACUCAAGCCAAGGAGAUGUUUGAGAACAUUGCAGCAAACUCUCAACAGUUUAAUUAUCGGAGAGCUCCCCCAAAGAAAGCAGGUGUUUAUGAGGUAAGUGCUAGUGAUAUUGGUCCUCAAAUAGCUAAUUUGACUAACCUUGUUAAGCAAUUAAUCCCUCAAGCACAAGUGUGUGCCGUGUGUGCUAAUCCCGGACAUCCUACGGAGUCUUGUCCAAGUUUGUAUGGUGAUGGAGAAGAGAUGGCUCAAGCACACUAUAUGCAGCAACAAAAGCCAAGAAACGAUCCAUUUUCUAACACUUAUAAUCCGGGAUGGCGGCAACACCCUAACUUUGGAUGGAAGAACAACCAAAAUGUGCAAACAGCCCCAGUUCGACAAAAUCAAUUUGUUCCUCAACAAAAUGCACCUGCACCACCUCAUGGGCAAGGUAAGUCUUUAGAAGAGUUAAUUAAUUCUUUGGCAUUAAGCACUCAGGGUUUUAUGCAGGAAACAAGGCAAACACAGGCACAAAUGUCUACAGCAAUCAAGAGCCUUGAAAACCAAGUUGGACAAAUUGCAGCCUCCUUGAGUCAAAGAGAGCCAGGAAAGUUUCCAAGCCAAGUAAUUCCAAAUCCUAAUGGAGGCCAUGACACCGCAAAUGCAAUUACUCUUCGAAGUGGAAAAAAGGUGGAAAAGGAUGACAAUGAGGAGAGAAAUUCAACCAAAACAGUGGCUGCCCCCUCUCCCAAGCUUACGGUUCCAAGUGACAACUCUAAGGUAAGUUCUCUUGUGAAUCAUUCAAUUACUUCAAAGGUUCCUUUUCCUCGUAGGUUUUUGAAUUCAAAAAAGGAGCAAGUUUCAAAGGAUAUCCUAGAGACUUUCCGAAAAGUGCAAGUGAACAUUCCCUUGCUCGAUGCAAUCCAACAAAUUCCAAGAUAUGCAAAAUUCCUCAAAGAACUUUGUACAAAUAAGAGGACGUUCAAGGAGCAUGAAACCGUGGCCUUAAGUGAAGAAGUCUCAGCCGUGCUAUUGCGUAAAUUACCUCCUAAACUAAAGGAUCCAGGGAGUUUUACUAUACCUUGUCUCAUUGGAAAUCAAAGGUUUGAACAUGCUUUAUUAGACUUAGGUGCUUCAAUUAAUUUGAUGCCUUUUUCUGUUUUUGAAUCUUUAAAUUUAGGUGAGCUUAAGAAGACUUCCGUGAGCAUACAAUUGGCUGAUCGAUCAAUCAAGUAUCCUAAGGGAGUGUUGGAAGACGUUUUGGUCAAGGUGAAUGAGCUAAUUUUUCCAGCUGACUUUCUAGUGCUAGAGAUGGAGGAAGUUCCUAUUCCUGGAAAAGACCUUCCAUUGAUUCUAGGACGUCCAUUCAUGAGAACAGCAAGGACAAAAAUUGAUGUGUAUGAAGGCACUCUCACAAUGGCAUUCGAUGAGGAAACCGUGGAGUUUAAGGUCUUUGAUGCUUUAAAAUAUCCUAAUGAUGAUCAUGCUUGUUUUUCCAUGGAUGUACUUGAGCAAAUGGUACAAGAAACAUUUAAUGCAUCACAAGAAGAGACACCAUUGGAGAGGGCACUCAUCCAAAGCCCCAAAACUGUGAAUGAAGAAGGGAACACAGCUGUACUUGAAGCUGUGAAUAUGCUUGAGGCCUUGCCUCCCCAAAGAGGUAAGUUUAACUCUAUUUUUGAGCCUCUUCCAUUAUCUACUAAUAAGCUUGUUCCCUCUAUUGUGAAGGCACCACAGGUUGAGCUAAAACCCCUUCCAGAGAACUUGAAAUAUGCAUAUUUAGGUGAUGAAAAGACGCUGCCUGUGAUCAUUGCUUCUAAUUUGAGUGCAUCCGAAGAAGACAAACUAAUUCGAGUUCUAAGGGAGCACAAGACUGCCCUAGGUUGGACCAUUGCAGACAUCAGAGGAAUAAGCCCUACAAAGUGCAUGCAUAGGAUCUUUUUGGAAGGAGAAUCGAAACCUACAAGGGAAGCCCAAAGGAGGCUGAAUCCGGUGAUGAAAGAAGUCGUUAAGAAGGAAAUUUUGAAGCUUUUGGACGUGGGAAUUAUAUACCCCAUUUCGGAUAGCAAGUGGGUGAGUCCCGUCCAAGUUGUUCCCAAGAAAUCCGGAAUUACCGUUGUGAAGAAUGAAGACAAUGAGUUGGUGCCUCAAAGAAUUCAAACGGGUUGGAGAGUAUGCAUAGAUUAUAGAAAGCUCAAUACCACGACACGUAAGGAUCACUUUCCGUUACCAUUUAUUGAUCAAAUGCUUGAGCGUCUUGCAGGUCAUAGUCAUUAUUGCUUCUUGGAUGGAUACUCCGGAUACAAUCAAAUUGCCAUAGCUCCAGAGGAUCAAGAAAAGACCACCUUCACCUGUCCAUUUGGUACGUUUGCUUAUAGGCGUAUGCCUUUUGGUUUAUGUAACGCACCUGCCACUUUUCAACGUUGCAUGAUGUCCAUUUUUUCUGAUAUGGUAGAGGAGAUAAUAGAGGUAUUUAUGGAUGAUUUUUCAGUUUUUGGUGAUUCAUUUGAUAUUUGUCUUCACAACCUCUCUUUAGUGUUGAAAAGGUGUCAGGAAUGCAAUUUAGUGCUCAACUGGGAGAAGUGCCACUUCAUGGUACAGCAGGGUAUUGUAUUAGGUCACAUUAUCUCUUGUAGGGGAAUUGAAGUGGACAAGGCAAAAAUCGACAUUGUGAGAAGCUUGCUGCCCCCCAAAACCGUUAAGGAGAUUCGGUCAUUCCUAGGACAUGCAGGGUUCUAUAGGCGUUUCAUCAAGGACUUUUCAAAAAUAUCAAGGCCCCUAUGUCGAUUGCUUGGCAAAGAUGUGGAAUUCGAGUUUAAUGAAGAGUGCUUGGCUGCAUUUAACAAGCUUAAGGAGCUUUUGACGUCUGCUCCCAUCAUGCAGCCUCCAGAUUGGAAUUUUCCCUUCGAGUUGAUGUGUGACGCCUCGGAUUAUGCAGUGGGGGCCGUGCUUGGACAAAGAGUGCACAACGUACCACAUGCCAUCUAUUAUGCCUCCCGGACUUUGAAUGAUGCUCAGUUGAAUUACUCAACUACAGAAAAGGAGUUGCUUGCUGUUAUUUUUGCUUUAGAGAAAUUUAGAUCAUAUCUUAUUGGCACUAAAGUAAUUGUAUUCUCUGAUCAUGCAGCGCUUAGGUACCUCCUCCAAAAGAAGGACACCAAGCCCCGACUGAUUAGGUGGACUCUCUUGCUUCAAGAAUUUGAUUUGGUGAUUAGAGACAAGAAAGGGAGUGAAAAUGUGGUGGCUGACCAUUUGAGUAGGCUGGCGCAAGGAUCCAAUGAAGAAGAGGACGUGCUUCCUCUACGUGAAAGUUUCCCCGAUGAGCAACUCUUCACCCUCGAAGCCAAGGACCCUUGGUACGCUGACAUUAUCAAUUAUAAGGCUUCAAAACUGAUUCCGAAGGAUCUCACUCGCGCUCAAAAGGAUAAGCUUGUAAAAACAAGUAGGUAUUAUGUUUGGGAUGAUCCAUACUUAUGGAAGUAUUGUCCAGAUCAGAUUGUUAGAAGGUGCGUGUCUGAAUCUGAAUUUAAUUCUAUACUUACCUUUUGUCAUUCAUCUGCAUGUGGUGGACAUUUUGGUACUAAGAAAACAGCCCUUAAAGUAUUGCAAUGUGGUUUCUAUUGGCCUAGCUUGUUCAAAGAUGCAUAUACUUAUUGUUCCACAUGUGAUAGAUGUCAAAGAACCGGUAACAUUAGCUCUAGGAAUCAAAUGCCUUUAACGCCUAUCCUUAUUGUUGAAAUAUUUGAUGUGUGGGGCAUUGAUUUUAUGGGACCAUUCCCUUCCUCUUAUGGCUUUAUUUACAUUCUCCUUGCUGUUGACUAUGUCUCUAAAUGGGUGGAAGCAAUUCCUACCCGGACUAAUGAUUCAAAAGUUGUUUUGAGUUUUGUGAAGGACAACAUCUUUUCUAGGUUUGGAACACCAAGAGCCUUUAUCAGCGAUGGAGGCACUCACUUUUGCAAUAGGUCAUUUGAGGCACUUUUAAAGCGGUAUGGAAUUACACAUAGGGUCUCGACACCUUAUCAUCCCCAAACAAGUGGACAAGUGGAGAUUAGUAACCGAGAAAUCAAGCAAAUCUUGGAGAAAACCGUGAGCCCUACGAGAAAGGAUUGGAGUUUGAGACUUAAUGAAGCAUUAUGGGCAUAUAGGACAGCUUACAAAACCCCCAUUGGUAUGUCUCCUUUUCGUUUGGUUUAUGGUAAAGCAUGUCACCUUCCGGUUGAACUUGAACAUAGAGCAUUUUGGGCAAUCAAGAAAUUCAAUUUCGAUAUGAAAGAGGCUGGAGAUGCAAGGCGACUCCAAGUGAAUGAAUUGGAUGAGAUGAGGAAUGAUGCCUAUGAGAGUGCACGGAUUUAUAAGGAAAAGACGAAGGCAUUUCAUGACAAAGCCAUUCAAAGGAAGACCUUUGAAAUAGGGCAGAAAGUCUUGCUCUUCAAUUCACGCCUCCGGCUAUUCCCAGGUAAGUUGCGUUCUAGAUGGUACGGUCCUUUUGUUGUUAUUAACGUUUUCCCUCACGGUGCAGUUGAGAUUCAAAAUGACAAGACGGGAAACAUAUUCAAAGUGAACGGACAUCGCUUGAAGCCAUACUAUGAAUCUUUUGAGCUUGGAAAAGAGAGCAUGCACGUGGAUGCACCACCCCCAUCUAUUGAUUAAUCAUCUAAAGAACAGCGUCUAGCUCACGACUAUAAAGAAGCGCUUCUUGGGAGGCAACCCAAGCAUUCUUAAUUUUUGUUUUCGUUUUUGUUUUUAGUUUAUGUGUGAUUUCUCGUAAAUUUUCAUAUUUUUGUUUUUGUUAUGUUUUGUGUCAUCAAACUAUGGAUUUUGUGUUCCAAAGAU